AUGUCGAAGGCUUUCGACAAAGUCAAGCGUGACAUUUUUGUACGCGAUCUUUUCGAAGUUGGCCUUCACGGCACUGCACUCCGAUGGUUUGCUGACUACCUCGAAGGACGCAACCAACAAGUGCAAAUCGCUGGAUCCAUUGGUGUCAGUGGCACAUGCUCAUGUGGCGUCCCGCAGCCGGCGCAGGGUCCCGUUCUCGGACCCGUGCUUUUCAACAUCUACACCAGGCAUUUUCCCACCAUUGCCAGCCCGUCCCUCUCAGUGCAGUUUUCUGACGAUAUUGCUCUCACGUUUAGCCAGUCUGAUUGCCUUGAAGUAUCGCGAUUUCUCACAAAGUCUACAAACGAGAUACCUAACCGCCUCCAGGAACGGAAUCUAAUCCUGAACAAUAGCAAAAGCCAUGUCCUGCGAAUUUCGGGCCAAGACAUUACUUUCAAAUGCCGUGGAAACUCGCUGCCAGUAGUUCCCCAUGCGAAGUACCUGAGCAUCACGAUAGGCGAGCACGUUCGAUUUGACGAACAGGUGUAUGAGUGGACUCUCACCACUGGAAGUGGAGGAUGCUCGAUGGUUCUUGCGGUAGAUAUCGCAGGCGCCUUCGACAAGGGAUCACACAUCGGAGUCACCUACAAGCUGUAG